AGGUACACAAAGUUUUUGUGCACUUUUCUCAUAAUUUUUUAAGGAAAAAGUAAAAAAGCAGAGCCCUGAAUCCGACAAAGUCAUACGAUAGUUGAAUGGGACUGUAACUGAGCCGCCAUAGCCCACAGACACACAUAUAUACUACCCACCGCACUCUUACCUCGUUCGCGUGUCUCUCUCGCUCUGUAAACAUGUGUGGAAUACUCGCUGUGUUUGGCUGCGUUGAUAGCUCUCACUCUAAGCGCUCCAGAAUCAUCGAACUCUCCAGAAGGCUGCGACAUAGAGGCCCAGAUUGGAGUGGAUUGCAUUGUUAUCAGGAUUGUUUUCUUGCUCAUCAGAGAUUAGCUAUUGUUGAUCCUGCUUCUGGAGAUCAGCCACUAUAUAACGAAGACAAGACAGUUAUUGUAACGGUAAAUGGGGAAAUCUACAACCAUAAAGCUCUUAGGGAAGGUUUGAAGAAUCACCAAUUUCGUACCGGAAGUGACUGUGAAGUGAUUGCUCAUCUUUACGAAGAACAUGGAGAAGAUUUUGUUAAUAUGUUGGAUGGAAUGUUCUCAUUUGUACUUCUUGACACCCGUGACAAAAGUUACAUUGCUGCAAGGGAUGCUAUUGGUAUCACCCCGCUUUACAUUGGCUGGGGACUUGACGGGUCGGUUUGGUUUGCUUCAGAAAUGAAGGCUUUGAGUGAUGAUUGUGAACGAUUCAUGUCUUUUCUUCCUGGCCAUAUUUAUUCUAGCAAAACUGGUGAAAUAAGAAGGUGGUACAACCCACCUUGGUACUCAGAAGAUAUCCCUUCAACUCCUUAUGAUCCCCUAGUGUUACGUAGGGCUUUUGAGAAGGCUGUGACUAAGAGACUUAUGACAGACGUACCAUUUGGUGUACUCUUAUCAGGGGGACUGGAUUCAUCACUUGUUGCUGCAGUGGCUUCACGCUACAUGCUUGAUUCAGAAGCUGCCUGUCAGUGGGGGUCUCAGUUACAUACAUUCUGUGUUGGCUUGAAGGGUUCUCCAGAUCUGAAAGCUGCCAGAGAAGUUGCAGAUUAUCUUCACACACGCCACCAUGAGUUUCAUUUUACAGUUCAGGAAGGUAUAGAUGCACUUGAGGAGGUCAUCUAUCAUAUAGAAACAUAUGAUGUUACCACCGUCAGAGCUAGCACACCAAUGUUUCUUAUGUCUCGAAAGAUCAAAUCUUUAGGAGUAAAGAUGGUUCUGUCUGGGGAAGGUUCAGAUGAGAUAUUUGGCGGGUACUUAUAUUUUCACAAGGCUCCUAACAAGGAGGAGUUUCAUCAAGAAACAUGUCGAAAGAUUAAGGCUCUCCAUUUGUAUGACUGCUUGAGGGCAAAUAAAUCAACUUCAGCUUGGGGUCUUGAGGCCCGUGUACCCUUUUUGGACAAAGAGUUCAUUGACGUCGCAAUGAGUAUUGAUCCUGAGUGGAAAAUGAUUCGGCCUGAUCUGAAAAGGAUUGAGAAGUGGAUAUUACGCCAUGCAUUCGAUGAUGAUCAGAAUCCAUAUCUGCCAAAGCACAUCUUGUACAGACAGAAGGAACAAUUCAGUGAUGGAGUUGGGUACAGUUGGAUUGAUGGUUUGAAAGAUCAUGCAAACCAGCAGGUUACGGAUGCGAUGUUGCUGAAGGCCAGCUACAUUUACCCUGAAAACACUCCUACAACAAAAGAGGCAUAUUAUUACCGAACUAUAUUUGAGAAAUUCUUUCCUAAGAAUGCUGCCAGGUCAACAGUUCCGGGAGGUCCAAGUGUGGCUUGCAGUACAGCUAAAGCAAUGGAAUGGGAUGCGUCUUGGUCAAAAAACCCUGAUCCAUCUGGCCGAGCUGCUCUUGGUGUUCAUGAGUCUGCUUAUGAGGAAAGUAAAGCCUAAUGUUUGAGCACUCGAAUUAUAGCCAGAAAGCAGUAAAUUUAGCAGUCUUGCUAUUGUACAUUUUAUUGCUAGCUCAAUUUCGAUUCAAGUUGUUGGUUAAUUACAUGUUAGUUUUCUAUUCAAACGUCAAAGGUAUCUGCGGACAUGUUUAGGGAACUUUUUUUUUUUCUGUAGUGGUGGAACAGUGGGGACGACUAUCAAGGUAGGAAUCAACUAGGCAAUUACCGUGUAAGGGGUUGUGCCAGUUCAUUGCGCUGUAGACAUGGCCAUGAUCCUUAAUCAGAGUAUUCAUGGGUAUGAAACGUUUGUGUAGGAGUCCCCAUAUUCACAAAUGUGGUUUUGCAUUGUUCUUGUUUAUUCAGUUUAGUCGGAAGGUUGGUUUGUCUA